AAUUUACUGAAAAAUACACUAUAUUGCCAAAAGUAUUGGAACACCCCACCAAAUCAUUGGAUUCCAGUGUUCCAAUCACCUCCAAGGCCACCUAGGCAGGUAGGAUGCUUCUACAAACAUUUGUGAAAGAAUGGGUCGCUCUCAGGAGCUCAGUGAAUUCAAAUGUGGUACCGUGAUAGGUCGCCAUCUGUGCAAAAAGUCCAUCCGUGUAAUUUCCUUGCUACUAAAUAUUCCAUGGUCAGCUGUUAGUGGUAUUAUAACAAAGUGGAAGCAACUGGGAACAAUAGCAACUCAGCCAUGAAGUAGUAGGCCACGUAAAAUGACAGAGCACACAGUGCGCGGAAGUCACCGACUGUCUGCAGAGUCAAUAG